GUCUACAGGGGGCGCUGUAGCAAUGGCCGAGAGAGAGGAGCGGCGCUUUGCCGAGGUGCCCCGCGAGUCUGUGAAACUCAUGGCUGAAAGCGCAGGGGUGGAGCUCAGUGAUGACAUCGCCGCCCUGCUGGCUGAGGAUGUGUGCUACAGGCUGAGGGAGGCCACACAGAGCAGCUCUCAGUUCAUGAGGCACGCCAAACGGAGGAAGCUGACAGUGGAGGACUUCAACCGAGCGUUGCGCUGGAGCAAUGUGGAGGCUAUCUGUGGAUACGGAGCCCAGGAUGCCCUUCCUUUCCGCCCAAUCAAGGAAGGGGAGCUGUACUUCGUGGAGGACCGUGACAUCAACCUGGUCGAGCUGGCGCUGGCGACGAACAUCCCCAAGGGCUGUGCGGAGACCAUGGUUCGAGUUCAUGUGUCCUAUCUGGAUGGGAAAGGCAACCUGGAGCCUCAGGGUACAGUGCCCAGUGCGGUGCAGACUCUGUCCGAUGACCUGCUGAAGUACUACCAACAGAUCACCCGCGCCAUCCUCGGAGAAGACCCACACCUCAUGAAGGUUGCUCUGCUGGAUCUCCAGUCCAACUCAAAGAUAGCUGCUCUGCUGCCUUAUUUUGUGUACGUCAUCAGCGGGGUGAAGUCUGUGAGCCACGACCUGGAGCAGCUGAGCCGGCUGCUGCACAUGGUGAAGAGCCUGGUGCAGAACCCCUACCUGUACCUGGGCUCCUACGUGCGCAGCCUGGUGGCCAGUGUCAUGUACUGCAUCCUGGAGCCGCUGGCGGCCUCCAUCAACCCCCUCAAUGACCACUGGACCCUGCGCGACUACGCAGCCCUGCUGCUCAGCCACAUAUUCUGGACUCACGCUGACCUGGUGAGCGGUCUGUACCAUCAGAUCCUGCUGUCCCUGCAGAAAGUGCUGUCCGAUCCGGUCCGGCCGCUGUGCUCACACUACGGAGCCGUGGUGGGACUGCACGCGCUCGGAUGGAAGGCUGUGGAGCGCGUCCUGUACCCCCACCUUCCUGCUUACUGGGCGAACCUGCAGGCUGUGCUGGACGAUUACUCCGUCUCCAACGCCCAGGUGAAAGCGGACGGGCACAAGGUGUACGGCGCCAUCCUGGUGGCGGUAGAGAGGCUCCUCAAGAUGAAGGCGCUGUCCCUGUCGUCCCCGGCGGAGAGCGGGGUGAGCGGUCUGGGGGGGUCCGGGGUGAUGGGGUUCAGGGAGAGCUCCCCGGGACUGAGCCCCCCUCCGGAGCCCCUCUCCGAGCCCAGCCUGGGCAUCGCCAGCCACCUUCAGGCCGGGGGUGCGGGGUGCCCCUGGGAGGAGUGGACGCCCGUACCCCUGCCUGCCAUGUACUGUGAGCUCUACGCCUUUUUCGGGGACAGCCUGGCGGUUCGCUUCAGCACAGGGCCAGGCCUGGGCGGCCACCCCUCCUCGGCCCACUCCCGGCCCUCUGAGAGCCGGAAGGACCCCCCCAGCGGUGCCGCCAACCUGGACACCACCCGCAAGAUGCCCCAGCUGACUGCCAACCUCAACAUCAGCCCGCGGCAGGACGGCAGCCCCCGCACCGAGCCGACCCCGCCCAGCCUGGCUGCCACAGCAACGGGGAGGCCCCUCCCCCGCUCUUCCUCCUCCUCCUCUUCCUCGGUCCAGCGCUCCAGGUCCUCGUCGUCGCGCCCGGGUCAGAGGUCGACGGGCCCAUCCCGGGACAUCUUCCCCAAGGCACGCUUCGUGCCCCUGCAGUCAGGGCCACCCACCUUCUCCUUCCUUAUUGGGGGCCGGCAGAUGGGCCGGCGCUGCCAGGGGCGCCGCUUCCAGACCCCGCCCCCUCCGCUGACCGCCCUGCCGGUCCGCUCCUACACCCAAAAGCUGCCCGUCAUCGGUCGGGUGGGCCGGCCCGUUCGCCGCUGGGCCUGCUCCCACUACUCCCUGCACCUGCCGCUGUGAACGCCGCGCUGACCUGGCCCGGCUCAGCUCAGCUCGGCACAGAACUGCCAGGACACUGUAAACUGUAAAGACCCCCACACGCCCAAUAGCAACCCCACCUCCAAGCCUGGGGCAGGCUGGAGCAUUCAGUCACAGCCUAGCUCAGAGCUGCCACCCGCGUUGCCCUGGGCCGUAACCACAGGCUGUAACCACGGACUGUAACCAUGGAUCAUACCUGUGGACUGUAACUAUGGUCUGUAACCAUGGACUGAGAGCUUGGGGUGCACCAAGAGGCAGCAAGCCGGACUGAGUGGCAUCCUCCCACCUUACCUGCAGUUUCGUAUUACAUACACUAAUCUAGCCACCUGUAUCUGAUAUGAUCCUUCAGUUGCUCAUCGCAAUAUUACAUUAUUACAGCACGUCUAUGGGACUCUCUCCUUUUCAGAAACUAGUGUAUGAUUCCUUAAAGCUACAAUGAAUCCAUCUGUGCACUGCUCAAGGUCAGCGACUGCUGCCCCCGGUACUGCAGAUAGGAUUAUAAUGGCCGUACAGAGCUGUUUGGGAUUUGCCGUAAUGCUCAAGGUGACUGAUAGGGCAAAGAGACAUUAUCUUUUUUUGCUUUGUGCAAAUGAUGCCAUUGCAAGUUUUCAGAGGUGGUGUUUAUCAUUUUGGAUAAUGUACAUUUUAGCGCUGUGAAAUGAAUUCAAAGCUUUGUGUAAUACGGAUUGAGUUUGGGAGCUUCUUGUACUUUUGAAUGAAUAAGGAGUAUGCGUUUACUGACUGUAUUAUAUGUGGUUGGAAGGGAAUAUUUGAUGACU